AUGUCGCGUACUACUACUACCACCACUACCACCUCGCUGUCGGUGCUAGCCGAUUAUGAGGUACACCACAGCGGCGAAGAACAACCUCCCGCCCCUUCUGGCGCUUCAAGUCCAUCGCAACCUGUCGACUGGCCCACUCAUCAUCGUCGCAUGCCUGCAUACCGUCCUGUGAACCGAAGUCUCGAUUACAAUGAGCGCGCAGCUGGUACGAGUGUGCCGGAGUACAUUUUCAUCCAAUCUAUGCUGCAUGGAGUCUGGCUCAACGCGAGCACUUCUCGACUUUGGAGGUUUACUGGGGGAAGGAUCAACGAUAAGAUCUUCCACUAUGAAGUUGGAGGAGAGUGGUAG